AGCGACACAGGUGAGCUCGACCACAUGUUGCGCCCCACACAGUCUCAUAGAACUUUUGCAUUGAGUAUUUCUAACGUGGAUGUCUUCGAGUUUCUCACCGUAACUGUGUAUUUGAGGCUUCCACUCCUCGCUGGCCUUGGCAAAGUGUGGAGAGAAGACACCUGUAGCCACAAAAAUUAAGGUUAAUCGUCUCGCCUGCUGAUCGUUAUACCACGUACUUAAAACGUGCUGGGAGAAGUUCACAAGAAUGGCGGAGUCUUCCAUCGCAAAGAAAAUUGGGAGCGAGAGUUGGCUUAGCCCAGCCCCCCCAGUUGUAUUGUGGGCGGCGGUAGUGGUAGUGAUGGUAGGCGUGAUAUCCAUGCCUCUGGCCACCGCUCAAUUUGAUUCGUUCGCUGACUUGAAGGGCGAUUACUGUCGAGUCAGGCGUCCGACCUCGUGUUGUGACGGACGAUACGACGAUUGUUCCAUGCCUAUUCGGGGCACGCGAUGUUACUGUGACCAAUUCUGCAACAGAACGAGCAACCCUGACUGUUGCCCUGACUACUGGGAGUUGUGCCUGGGCUUCAGGCCCCUGGAUCCUUUACUUGAUGCGUGCUUCAAGGACGGCGUCGUCAUUCCUGUAGGUCAGAGUUACAAGUUCAACUGCAACGAAUGUAAGUGUCAAGGAGGGCAGCUGUUGUGCGAUACCGAUCCUUGCAUGAUCGAUGAGCAGGUAAUUGAGAAUGUGAACCGAGGCCAGCGUCAGUACACCUGGAGGGCCAGCAACUACUCCGCCUUCUGGGGAAGGAAGGCCCGCGACGGCCUAUUGCUUCGUACUGGCACACACAACCCUGAAGCCCUGUCGAUGAAGAUGUACCCCAUCUUGCUGAGGCCGGAGUUGUCUCGCAUCCCCAGCCGGUUCGAUGUUCGGAACAAGCGUGAUUGGCGGGGCCGCGUGAGUGAAGUAAGAGAUCAGGGGUGGUGUGGUGCUUCCUGGGCCUUCUCCACUCUGGGCGUCACUCAGGACAGGUUGUCCAUCGAGUCUCUGGGUAACGAGACGGUGACGCUGGCACCUCAACACCUCCUCAGCUGUGACAGACGCGGCCAAAGCGGCUGUAACGGCGGACACGUAGACAGGGCUUGGCAGUACCUCAGGAAGUUUGGUGUGGUGAACGAGGAGUGCUACGAGUACGAGAGUGGGCGGACAGGGAAGCUCCCCAGGUGCCGUAUUCCACGCAACGCAAACCUCUUCAACCUCCGCUGUUCUGCAAAUGACGUGGUGUACCAGAGGAGGAACCUGUACAGGACUGAACCAGCCUACCGCAUCUCUGGGAAGGAAGUCGAUAUUCAGUGGGAGAUUCUUACCAACGGCCCCGUCCAAGCGAUGAUGAAGGUGCACAAGGAUCUGUUUAUGUACCAGAGUGGUGUGUACUCCCACACUCGCCUGACGGGAGAGGAGACGGCCACACACUCUGUCAGGAUCAUUGGCUGGGGAGAAGAUAACACUGUUGCCUCUCCACCAGUCAAAUACUGGCUGGUGGCCAACUCAUGGGGCACUGACUGGGGUGAGCGAGGUUAUUUCAGGAUCGCCCGCGGUUACAACGAAUCCGACAUUGAGUCCUUCAUCAUCGCUGUUCGUGUGCGUCUUGGUGAGUACGCUACAGGAGGACGACGGCGGGCUCUUCGGCGACCAGGGCGCAGGAACUACAGCAACCGUCUCCGAAACUACAGGGCCAAGAACUAAUAGCUUAUGGGAGCCAGUAUACUGUAGUUGUUUAGUGCCUACUUCUUGAAUUUUUGCAAUGCAUCAUAUAUCCUUAGGAGUGAUGUAUAUGUUAAUAUAGAUUACUAUAAAGGGUGAAAUUUAAUAAUGUAGUGACUGUAUCAUAAUAUUAUUUAUAAUGUAUUGCAAAUCUAAUACCCUUAUGUAAGUUAGGUAUGAAACUUUUAAAAACCUUUCAUUGGUACAUUGGUGUAGAGAUAAGUUGAACAAAAUGUGUGGGACUUGAAGGUACUGUCAUCAUUUCCUUCACUAAUUAAAAGCACAAAUAGAUAUAUAUUUAAAUGAACUAAUCCGGUUUAUUUCUUAUCAACAUGAAUAUUCUUAGUAAGUGUUGAUAAUAUUGUAAAUAUAUCUACUGAUAAGAAUUUCUCAUUCGGAUACACUAUACCCUCUUUAGUUCGACAAAAAGGGGCACUGGGUCACUCAAAUUACCGAAAAUACGAAUUUAUAGAGUUCGAAAUAUUUUACUCGAUAAAUUCUAAUUUUUUUUGUCCGAUUAUGUUUGUUUUCUGUUGAUUUUUUAAUCUUAUUCGCAUCGUUCAGAAGAUAAUUCCAACCAACGAACAUACUGUACUCAGUUACCAUGCCUUGGCUGCCACAUAAUACUUUAUAAUUACCUGUAUUGUACAGUGGAAAUAUAUUUUUUUUUCUAAAUGUACAUACAGUAAUAAUAAAGUAAAUAAUACAGUAAUAAAUAUAUGUAACACUUACAUUGUGAAGUGAACUGAUAAUAUGUAGAUGAUUAUAAAUCCCGGGAGAACACUAGCGUCCACCCUGCAUACUGCACGUGUAGUAAACAACAGGGUGUUGCCAUACGUACGGGCAUCCAUGAUGCAAUAAUAGUUUGCGUGCGGUUUUGUAACCAAUUGCAUUAAUUUAACUUACUAAAUAUAUUGCAAAAAUACUCUUUCAAAUUUACAUUUCCUACAAAUCUAAAAAAAAAAAACUGCUAAGCAUCUCAAUUGUUGAGGUGGCACACCACAUAACCUCUCCUGCGUUGGUGACCUGCUCUCAAUGAUAAUAGCAAGACCCGAGAUUACAUGCUACUAAGACAAUUCCCAGAGAGAAGAUUUCUUCUUGCAUGGACGAUUCUCAUAAACACAAUUCUCAGAAAGACGAUUAUAGCUAAAAAUCGUCCAUGCAUCACAAAUUCUAUCUCUAUUAGCCAUGAACUGUCCCUUUAACCGUUGAUUCUUUCCGGGUUAAUAGGGCUGGAACAUGUUAAAGUAUAUAGGGUUUGAGUAGCCAAACCCAAUUGUCCGUUCUGUAUUUAUUGAGAAACUAUAUCAUAUACAGUUCCAAGUGUAUAUCACCAUAACUUAAUCACUGUAGCUAUGAGUGUUAAAAUGAGGACGGGGGCUAUAUUAAAUAGCUCUUCGAACUACGUCCGGUUGGUGUGAGGGGUUGAGUGACAGUGCCCAAAGCAACCGGCUUUUAUAUGCUGACCUUAACAGUCAUAUGGCCGCGCCUCAAGGAACUUACCCAUCACAUGAUGUGACCAUGUCACCUCAAAGCCAGUGGAAAGUUACAGAGGGUGAUAUCAUUAUAUAAACCCAAUGUACUGCCCUGACAUUUAUAUAAGAACAAAGGGGCUAAUACAGCCAGAAUUCUCCAAUACCUUGAACUGAAAUCAACUUGGAAUUUUUCCGGAAAAAAAAAUCUCCAUUCUGGGUCUGCGAACAUGUUUCUGGGGUUGAAAAUCAUGAGCAUUUGCUUGGAAAUUUACAAAAAAUCUCCAGAAAAUCUCUCCAUUUUUUUACAGCGGGUCUGGUAGCAAAUUCCAAGGAUGAAAUAAUGCAUAAUUCUGGAAAAUUAUGGAAGCUCCUUCCAAUUCUUUUUCGGGUGAGGGAGAAUGAAAUAAUGUGUAAUUCUGAAAACUACAUUUUUUAAAGGACUGGGAGCAAAUUCCAAGGAUGAAAUAAUGUCCAAUUUCCGGAAAAUUACAAACUUUUCCAAGUACCCGGGACAAUUCCCGGGAUGUUGGAUUAUUCCAAAUUUGAGAGUCGUCUCAUUACCCGAAAAUCUCUCGUUCCCGGAAGAUCUCUGCACCAAUUAUUAUAGGAUCUUAUGAAUUGUAUUAGGAUGAAUGAAUUGUGGAUAUACUCAUAAUAUUAAUUAAAUUAGGAAAAAAAUACACCCUAAAUUAUAUUUGGAAUGUUUAUUGUAAAAAUUACCGGAAGAUGGGGUAGUUGGGCCAUUGCAGGGGUGAUUGGACUUUGUUUGGAAAUGUUUUGCUUCAAAGUCCUGAAAAUGUUUGUAGAUACUUACUUUUGUCGAUUCAGAUUUAUUUAGAAUAUACCAAUGGGCCAUAGUGUUUCCCAACUUGGAAUAUGUAGUUAUUUUACUUUUGCUUUUUUUUGCAGUACAACAUCGUUAAAAAGUCCUUUAAAUUCUUGAAAAUCUUUCUUAAUGGAGUCAAUUUAUUGACAUUUCAAAUAUCCUUUGAAAUUUAAGAAAAAAAAAACAGGCAAAUAUUUUCUGUACUUUAAAAUCUUAGGGUAUUGGCCGUUUCCUCCCAAAUUCAUCACCUAACUUAAAUGACCUCACUAUUUCCACCUUUUAUUAGCCUUGACGCUAAUAUGAGUCGCCUGACGUCAAGUGACCUGACAACAGGUCGCGUGAAUAUUAAGCUUGUUAAUCUGACUUACGGACAGGAUCUACAAAUACUUUUUUUCACAUAUACGAAUACUGUACAAAUAUGACAUGAAAUAUUGAAUACAGUACAAAUGAAUAACAGACGGGAAUCGGCCAAGUAGGAUUACACCUGACCCAAGCCAGAUUGGGGAUCUGGGAGAGCACAGUUGAAUCGACGAGCCUGAAUUUUCAAGUCCGUGGCCGUGCAGAUUUUCGUUUAAUUAAUUUAUUUUUAAACAUUCGAGUUAAGCCAAGAUCCCAGUUAUAACGUUCCUAAUUAACCAGGUACAGUGUAUAUCAAAAGUUUUUAAUGCCAUUUAUUUUAUUAACAUUCACAUGUGGUAUUAAAAAUUAUUACUUUCAUACUAAAAAUAUAAAAAAUGACUUGUAUCAUUUAUCAUGUAAUUCAUAACUUUUAAAAGCAGUUAUAAACACGUAUAGAGAUCACCCGUGGUUACUGUUCGCCAUCGUAUCAAAAUACACGUUUCUCUACCGUCAGUCACCUAGUCUUUCAUAUGCCAUGUCACUUAUGUCAAGGAGUAGUGACACAACACUCAUGCACAUACUGUACUGUAUAACAUUUGAAAAAAAAAAAACCUGGUAGAAACUGGGUUGGGUGAACAUUGUAUAAAGUAAAUAAUUCUAAAUACAAGAUGUACUCUUUAGCUGCAAAGUUCGAAUGAUGUGUAUUUCUUAUAUAGGAUCAGAGAAAGUGUAUGUGUGUUUGGUUCUGGUGAGAUGUUUGUGAUAGCGACAACGAUUCGUCUUUGUUUUUUAAGAUGUUUCAUGUAAAUGAGUGAUACAGUUUGAGACAGCCUCUUAUUGAUUUAGAAAUGUUUACCGGUAGUUAAUGUUAAGCUGGAGUACAGGUAAUACAUGAUAACCUGAAUGAUUAAGCUACAUAACUUUGCUGAUACAAUGGUAACUAAUAAUUAGAUGGUAUUUUAUAGAACUCGGCCAAAAGCAUACAUUCUUUUGUCCUUUGCUUAAGUUAAUCAUUUAUGUUUAUAUAAUACUGAUCAAAGCACUGCCACUUAUGGAAGCUUUAAAUGUUAUUUAGUAUUUGCAGUGUGAUGCAAAUAUACUGUAUAGUUUAGAUUCAUAUUUUUCUAAGUACUGUAUAUUGAUAACUUUCUUCUCUGAUGUCCUUCAGUUUCGAACAAUCCUUCUAGUUCAUGUUGAAAUCCAUAUUAUUUAUACAAUUUUCUUAUUACUAUGAUGUUAAUUCAAAAUGCAAGAGUAAGAAUUAAGAUUAUGCCAUACUUUUAAUGUUCAUUAGUCCAAUGUGAACAUUUUGUCUCCGCAGGUAGGACAAGUUAAUGAGAUUGUCCGGUACUGUACACAACCACAGUGUGGGGCAGACAUGAGGCUAAUUAUAAUUAUAAUCUUGUAAAAGUAAUUUCUUGCAAUUAUGGUGUAUUCAAAAUCGUAAGUUUAAUAAAAAUAUUUUAUAUCUGAAUUCACAAUCUUAUCAUAAUCAAACAUUUUCAAAAACCUGUUUUCAUAUUGUAAAAAUAAUCUAGCUUCUAUACUUUAUAAUAGUGAUUGUAAUCUUAUCCACCCAAAUAAUAUUCUUAUUCUCUUAUCAUAAUAUGAUUACAAUUGCUUAAAAAAUGAGGAGCUCGUUUCGAGUACUGUCACACCAUCUGGUCACCGAAAUAUGCUAGAGACCAUCAGUUGAUUGAAAAUAUCCAGACAGGUACCUGCACUACAGCGCCUUAGUUUCCCAGAGAGUUUAGAACACCUGCAACUGCCUAGCUUACUGUAUACUAGGCAGGCAAGGGUCGACUUAAUAGAGAUCUAUAAAUACCUCAUAGGGCAUUAGUCAAGUGUCCAUAUCUGGAGCUGUAAGAUGUGUGAGCUCAUUCAAGACCAGACUUAACCAACACUGGCGUGGGUACAGAUACAUCUUGGAACCACUACAUGUCCAGUACUUUCCAACAGUGCAUAACAGAUGUAACUGUAGUCCCAAGUGGCUAACACGCUGAUCAGUGGCGAAGAGGAUAAAGUAAAGAAUAGAAAUUUACUUACAGGGAUGCAGUUCUGUACAUGUCAAUGGACAUUUAAAUUUUCUUGCCACCUUGAUUAGUCUCGUGUCAACGUGGCGUCAUGUGACUUCACCAAUGUAAUCUGUAACCAUAUAAUGUGCCUCAGUUCCUACUCGACCAUCCCGACGGGUCUGGAAGCACAUUAUCAGUACUGCAUUACAGAAUACUCCUGUGGCCUGGCGCCAUCUAUUAUUAUCAGCCAUUUUGAUAUACUGUACCCACUUCAGGUGGCAGCGUUAAAGCCAAAGCUGAAUUUUUAAGCUACCUAAUUUCUUACAGUUGUAAUGAGGAAUGUAAGUGUAACCCAGGGAAUUCAUAAUCGUAAUCAAAAGUAAUGAAGCCAGUGUAAUUACAUGUGUAAUGUAAAAAAAAAAAAUCACUAAUCAUAAUCCAAAUUAUUGAUAUAUUUUAAUCGACAAUCGUAUAAUCGGCCAUAUGUCUGGUGUGUAUGGUCCUAAGCCUUGAUAGUAAGGAUUAUUAUUUCCUCUGUGUUGUCACUAUAAAAUUAAGACGUUUCUGAAACCUUUGUACAAUAGAUAACUUUUUCCAUACUCAAAUAAAAAUAAUAUAUACGUU